AUGCGUUCACUAACCGCUGUUCAUGGGGUAGAUCCCUUGCCUGAACUAGGCAUACCAUCUAACAUACGAGGGCCCAACGAAAACCCCGAUGCCGAUAUGGCCGGGGCGCAAGAUACAAUUUAUCUGUGCAAUUUCCGCGUAUCAGUGGACGGAGAGUGGCUGUGCCUUAAGGAGUUGCAAGAUAUAGAGAUGCAAGACUCGUACACACGUCCUGCUGAAAAUGGUGCGAUCACUUCACCGGACGAUCCGAUGCAUUCUUUGAUGGCACGAGACCCCGUGGUGAUAGAACGCAGCAAUCUCGUUAAUAUCUCAAAGUUGAUCGUGAAGGAGCUGAUUGAACAAUCACUUCGCUAUGGAAGGAUGCUUGACAGCGACCAUUUACCCUUACAUCACUUUUUCAUUGUACUGGAACACGUUAUGCGUCACGGGCUUAAACCGAAAAAGGGUCUUCUUGGGCCUAAGAAAGAGCUAUGGGACAUACUUCAAAUGGUUGAGAAAUAUUCGCCGGAAGCGGCUGAUAUAACGGCUAGCGUAAGGGACCUUCCAACUGUUAAAACUGCUAUGGGCCGUGCCCGGGCCUGGUUAAGACUUGCACUGAUGCAAAAGCGCCUGGCAGAUUACCUGAGGAUUCUGCUAGAACGUCGCGAGGAAACAUUGGAGGAGUAUUUUGAACCUCAUGCCCUGAUGUUAAACGAGGAAGCAGUUAUCAUCACCGGUUUAUUAGUUGGCCUUAACGUCGUCGACUGCAAUUUAUGUGUAAAGGAAGAAGAUCUGGAUAGUCAACAAGGGGUCAUAGAUUUCUCUUUGUACCUACGUGGUAGCAAUUCGUCUAACGACAUAGCCGGUAAUGGGAACAAUACCAACAACGAGCCGAAGCAACGUCACAUUAAUACGAUGCUAGAUCAGAAGAAUUACAUUGAAGAACUUAACAGACAUCUCAAUGCGACUGUAGCAAAUCUUCAGGCAAAAGUGGAAAGUCUCACAACAACAAACGCUCUUAUGAAGGAGGACCUCGCUAUCGCUAAAAAUACGAUGAUUACGCUAGUAGAGGAAAAUAAUCAGUUGAAACACGCCUUGGGUCAAGAUAUAACAAAAGACAGUAGGAUGAAAAUAACAGAACUUCACUCGGAGGAGGAGGAGAGACGUAGCGUCAAGAGCACAUCGUCAGAUAAAUCAAAAAAUGAAAAAGACUCGGAAAUGGGAAAAUUAUUAGAUGAAGAAAGGAAAAAGAACAUGGAACUCCAAAAGGAACUGGACCUACAGAUAUCAUUGAAAGCGGAAAUGGAAGUAGCAAUGAAGUUGCUCGAAAAAGAUAUACACGACAAGCAAGACACAAUAAUAUCACUAAGGAGGCAAUUAGACGACAUUAAAUUAAUCAAUUUGGAAAUGUAUAAGAAAUUGCAGGAAUGUGAAAGUUCCUUGAAACAUAAAACAGAGCUAAUAGCCAAAUUGGAAGCAAAGACUGAGUCAAUGGGCAGCACCAUACAUCAACUCGAUGAGAAAUUACAGGAGGAAAAGUUAACAAAGAAAAAUUUAGAAGAAAGCGCUAGAACACUCGGUCAAAAAGCGGCCGCAGCGGAAACAAGAGCGGUCGCCGCGGAAGGAGAUUUGAAGAUAGAACGGGAAUGGAGGAUAUCUUUACAGGACUCUAUGAUGCGUGACAGGGAUAAAAUAUCAAUAUUAACACAGGAAGUGGAAUCUUUAAAGUCUAUAGGGAAAAAAUACAUAGCGUUACAAGAAGAGCAACAUGUCCUUAAAGCACAAUACGUAGAAGCCCAGAAGACCCUAGAAGAAGUUGGGGCGACUUUAAGUGAAAAUAAAUUACAAUUAGCUGAGCUGUUGGAGAAAGAAGCUCACGCGGCCACUAGCGAAGACACGCCAAACUGGACGAGUGAUAAAGAUGCUGUGGCAUGCGCGGCUUGCACUAAGGAAUUUAACAUUGCACGACGAAAGCAUCAUUGUAGACGAUGUGGACAUAUAUUCUGCGCAGCUUGUAGCGAUAAAUCUGUCGCCCUUCCCGGCAACACUAAGCCGGUGCGCGUUUGUGACACCUGUUUCACGGAAGUUAGGCUGACAUAG